AAAGACAGCAUCCGUCUCCGGUACGCCGUACGCCCAUGAAAGAGGUAAAGGUGUCCGUCAGUCAGUUGAACGCCGCCAUUUUCUUGGUGUGUAAACGUUCCGUUAAUUUUAGUUGAAUAGUUGUAUACCGUACGCUACACACCAUAGGACGUGUAAUCAUUCUGGCGUUUUACGCGUCCUCGGCUAGAUUUACACCAUGAAUCAGUCACGAAAUUUCACAUCAUUAUUGAAUCCAAGUUAUUUGCAAAACGCCCAACAAAAUGCUGCGACUGCGAAUGCGGCUGCUGCUGCGGCUGCAGCAGCUGCCGCGGUGAGUGCCGCGAUUGCUAAUGGAACGCAGUUGAACUCCAAUUCUAAUUCCACGACAAAUAACACGAGAAAACGUGAAGCAGAAGGUGAUGUUAAACAGGAAAAAGAGACGAAAGAGGAACGUAGGAAGAGGAGGAAAACUAGAUGGAGCGGUAGUGAACAUGACAAAACUUUUAUACCAGGCAUGCCUACGGUUCUACCAACAAACCUGACUCCUGAACAGGAGAAGGCUUACCUCUUUCAGCUGCAGAUUGAGGAAAUCAGCAGGAAGCUACGCACUGGAGACCUUGGAAUUCCACUUAACCCAGAGGAAAGAUCUCCUUCUCCAGAACCCAUAUAUAGUAGUGAUGGUAAACGGUUGAAUACAAGAGAAUAUCGUACUAGACGUAAAUUGGAGGAGGAACGUCACAAUCUUAUUCAGAAGAUUCUCAAAAUUAAUCCAGAAUUUAAACCACCGCCAGAUUAUAAACCACCAAUAAUACGAGUGCAUGAUAAAGUAAUGAUUCCUCAAGAGGAACAUCCAGAUAUUAACUUUGUUGGCCUUUUGAUUGGACCACGUGGAAAUACAUUGAAAUCAAUGGAGAAGGAAACUGGAGCAAAGAUAAUAAUUCGUGGUAAAGGUUCUGUAAAAGAAGGAAAAGUUGGAAGGAAAGAUGGACAACCUUUACCUGGUGAAGAUGAACCAUUGCAUGCAUACAUUACUGCUAAUAAUUUAGAUGCCGUAAAGAAGGCUGUUGAAAGAAUUCAUGAAAUUAUACGUCAAGGUGUGGAAGUACCUGAGGGGCAAAAUGAUUUACGACGUAAUCAACUUAGAGAAUUGGCUUUAUUGAAUGGAACAUUGCGUGAAAAUGAUGGACCACGUUGUACUAAUUGUGGUGCAUCUGAUCAUAAAUCAUGGCUGUGUCCAGAUAAACCCAACGUAACAAAUAAUAUAGUAUGUUCGAGUUGCGGUGGAGCAGGUCACAUUGCACGUGACUGUAGAUCUAAGAGACCCGGUCAGGGUGGACCAGCUGCUGCGGGUAUGGGUGGAAUGGGACCGGGUGGAGAUAAAGCUAAAAUAGACGAGGAAUAUAUGUCUCUUAUGGCAGAAUUGGGUGAAGGUCCACCACCUGAUCGAUCUAAAACCGGACAGCCUCGUCAACCAAAUCCAAAUCCCAAUUAUCCUGGUCUCUUUGAUAGACAACAAGCACCUCGUGCUUUAAUGGCUGCACCAGCACAUCCACCGCCACAAAUGAUGCAAGGUGGUCCAAUGAUGCCUCCACCAGGAAUGGCUCCGCCACCUUGGAGUCAAGGAGAAGUGAAUAACAUGAAUGGUAUGAACAUGCAAUGGCAACCUCCUGUUAGUAUGCCUCCACCACCUGGCGUGAUGCAACCACCUCCACCACCGCCUGGUUCUACAUCUCAACCAAAUAUCCCACCAUUGAUGCCUUGGAUGGCUGGAAACAAUCAACCACCACCACCAGGGCAAAUGCCACCGACGCAAAUUCCACCACCUGGAAUGGGUAUACCACCAUGGCAGCAAGGACAACAGGGGCCAAUGCGCCCACCUCCACCUGGAACUGCUCCCCCUCCAGGUUUUCCAGGAUGGCAACCGCAACAGAUGGGUGGAUGGCCACCAGCAGCUCCAGUUCCUCCUCCACCUCAACAACAAACACCAGCUCCCCCUGGCAUUGAUCUCAACACUUUACCUACGUUAUUGGCACAACCACCUCCUCCACCUCCACCAACUAGUUAGUGUAAAGAAUCAUCAAAUUGUCUCAUCAAAUCUUUAUUCGUACAAUAGAGGGAUAUUAUCGGUCGUGUCAAUAAAUAGAUUAUAAUAUUGGACUGAAGACAGUUAAUAAUUAUUAAUUAGCUGGAAUGAUUCGCGACUUUAAUUAGUCUAUUCGUCAUACAUGGCUAUGUUUUUUUUUAAAAAGAAAAAAAAAAAAAGAAAAACUGGGAAAGUAUAUUGUUAGAUAAAUAUUUUCCAAUUCUCCUCAAUGGCUAUACAACGUUUAUAAGAAAUUAUCUUAGGUUUGCGACAUAUGUUUGAAAUUUCGAGAACAUAUCGUACUUUAUGAAUAAAAAAUGUUUAAGUUUGGUUACCAUUACUUUCGAACUUAUUACAUGUACCUAAAGCUUUCUUACAAGUGUAAAUGUAAGUGAUAUGCCAAACACAUUUUUAUAAUGUUACUUCAAGCACUUCACAAUUUUUACUUAUAUAUUUCUGUAAACAUAACAUCAUAUAUUACAAACAGAAAUAUAACUUACUUGUUUGUAGGUAGUAUGCAUAAUACAUACAUAUUAUGCACAGUGUAGUAACGCAUUUGUUGCUCUGUACAAGUGUUAUAAUUAAUUUUUGCUUCAUUAUAUUACCUAAUGUUGAGAUAAAUAUUAUGCAAUAAAUGUUGAAAAAUUAAAAA